AUGCAGAGCGUGUGUCUUUGCUGUGACUGGAUCCGACACCACUACGGACACUUGAGCGCAGAAUACCUUUCCCUGCUGGACCAGAUGGUGAGUUAUCAGCACGCUGUAAGAGCAGACUGAAUGGAUGUAUUAAGGACAGCAAUCAACCAAGCAAAAUAGUAAUACGUUUCAUGUUUAGCCUCUGUGUUAGAAGACUGUAGUCUAUCUUUGAAUAUCAUAGUAAAAGGGCGCUAAGGCUAUAGUGACAGAGAUAUCAAGAGAGGCUAUCUACAUUAGGCCUAUACUGUCCUUGCAGUUUAAGCUAUACUUUUUGACGCGUGACUUAACAUACUAUAUUGAUUGUUUUCCAGGGACGAGAUAUUAUAGAGGAGAUUUCCCCUGUCCCUUUCCCCAAAUUAUUAUACAGACGCAGAGAUAAAGCUAGGGCGGCAGGUAGCUUAGUGGGUAAGAGCGUUGUGCCAGUAACCGAAAGGUCGCUGGUUCUAAUCCCCGAGCCAACUAGGUGAAAAAUCUGUCGAUGUGCCCUUGAGCAAGGCACUUAACCCUAAUUGCUCCUGUAAGUCGCUCUGGAUAAGAGCGUCUGCUAAAUGACUAAAAAUAAAAUAAAUAAAUAAUAAAAUAAAAACUAGAAUUCUAACUUCUCACGUUCUGAUAUGCUUUGGUAUAGCGGUCUUGACCCAAUGUUAUAUUGAUGCCAUAACGGAAGCCUAUACUGUUUCUAAUAUUUGUUUUAUAUCAUCCUGUGUAGUUUGAGGACAAAGUCAGGUUCAUGAACGAGACCAUCUUCCAAAUCACAAAACUGUUUGAUGGGAAUAUGAAGGCUGUCACAUGGGACAAGAAAAACCUAGACGAUUUCCUCAACAUUCUCGAACGCCAAUUUGAGAACCUUAAUUCCUGUGUAAGUAACGAGUCAAUUUAAAAUAGAAUCCCUGUUUAUGUCGGGGUUCUCCAACCCUGUUCAUAGAGAGCUACCCUCCUGUAGGUUUUCGCUCCAACCCCAGUUGUAACUAACCUGAUUCAGUUUAUUAACUAGCUAAUUAAUCAGGUGUGCUAGAUUAGGACUGGAGCGAAAACCUAAAGGACGGUAUCUCUUCGGGAACAUGGUUGGAGAGCCCUGGUUUAGGUGUAGCCUACUAACUGUACAAGUGAGAUAAUCUAUAUGGGCUAUUAUGUUCAGUGCGAGGCUAAUGUUUUAAUUUUGUCCAACAGGUAUCACCUGACAAGAAACAUGAGAGGAGACUGAAACUACUUCAAGAUGUUGAAUAG